UGCCAUAGUUAUUGUGUGCCUUCUGGCAAACUGUGCGGCCAUGGAAUCCAGAAUACUACAUUUUUGGAGUUGAGCCUUCACUUGUGGUGGUGGUGGUGGUGGUGGAUACCAUGUACAAUGAGCCACCAGGUCAGGGGGAGGGAGCCACAGCCAACCACAACACCCUGACUGGGGAUGAGUGGCUAUACUGGGGACUCUGGAGGAGAGUGUGGUGGGAUGUUGACUUGGGUCUAAGAGCUAAAAUAGUGACGCACUGUCGUAACAUUCCGACUUGCCUCUCUUGUCUGUCUGUAUGAGGGCUGUACACCGUGGCAUGUGGCUGGGAUUAGGAAAUUUCCCUGUGGAUUAAAACCUUUGCAACGCCUACAUUGCAACUCACUCUGAGGAGUGUGAGGUCCCAGACCGAUCCCGUCUCUGCAGUUUGGCCCAUGGUUUCACUUAGCAGGAUGUUCCAGUUCGUCCAGAGGCACAUCCACGACCACGUGAUGGAGCGCAUAAUCCGCCGGACUCGUCUGGUGACCAAAGAUGGCCGCUGCAACAUUGAGUUUGGCAACAUCGAGUACCACAACCAAUUUGCCUACCUGGGGGAUUUCUGGACGACGGUUGUGGAGAUCCGCUGGCGUUUCGUCCUCCUCCUCUUCGUCGCCUCCUUCACAGGCAGCUGGUUCGUCUUCAGCCUUCUGUGGUACUGGAUUGCCAAGAGCAAUGGUGAUCUGAUUGGACAGAACCGCACAGACAGCCACGUUCGUUGUAUAGACAAUGUCAAUGGACUCACCACGGCUUUCCUGUACUCCUUGGAGACCCAGACAACAAUUGGUUAUGGUGGACGGGCACUCACUGGGCACUGCCCUGGCACCGUGGCCCUCAUUGUCGUCCAAUCCCUCAUUGGGGUCUUUGUCAACUGCUUCAUGUGUGGAGUGAUCCUGGCCAAGAUCUCCCUUCCCAAGAAGAGGGCAAAGACAGUGACCUUCAGUAGCACAGCAGUCAUCUGCCUGAAGAAGGGCAGCCUGUGCCUGCUUAUCCGAGUUGCCAACCUCCGCAAGACCUUGCUAAUCGGGAGCCAAAUCUACGGCAAGCUGCUUAGGACAACUGUCACGCCGGAAGGUGAGACUAUAAUUCUCGACCAGGUAGGCAUUGACUUUGCAGUGGACGCUGGCAAGGACAACCUGUUUUUUGUCUGCCCGCUGACAUUGUACCACAUCAUCGACAAGGCCAGUCCAUUUUACGACAUGUCAGCGGACACCCUCCAGCAGCAGGACUUUGAGCUGGUGGUCUUCCUGGACGGGAUGGCCGAGUCCACCAGCUCCGCCUGCCAGGUACGGACCUCCUUCAUCCCCCAGGAGGUCCAAUGGGGAUACAGCUUCCUGCCCAUCAUCUCCCGCACCAAGACAGGCAAGUACCAUGUGGACUUCUCCAACUUCUCCAGAACCGUGCCGGUGACGACCCCACACUGUGUCCAAUGCUUUCAGAGUGAUCCAGACCAAACCAAUCACAACAAUAACCAAAACAACCACCACAGGAAGCUAGGUAUUGACAACCCCGGAUUCGAGGUGAUUGACAUUCAAGACACAAUGGAUAUCACAGAAAUGUGAGCCAGAGGAAAGAGGGUGAAAUUGAAAUUUUCCGCUGUAAACCACAGACUAACAGACAGCAGCCCCCAGGAUGUGGGACGUGGCUCGCCGAGAGAGAGGUGGAUUAAGCACUUGUUUAUGAGAGUAUUCAUGUCCUCUCUAUAGUCCGAUGUGGAUGACAGAAAGCUCAUAUUGGGGUCAUGGGCUCAUAGUGAGUCAUAGAGAAUGAGCAGGUAGCCCCAGUUCUAAUAACCAGUGAGCCAAAGAAUAAUGUACACCUUGGAUGUGGUGCAAAUCUUUACUUUGCUUCAUGUGAGCAUUGGGUAUUACACUUGAGUUAAGACUGAACAACUCAGUAUUAUUUAUGUCUAUGCCUUUAAAAGACAAAAUAUCAGCCUUUAUGUGUUGUUUUAAAAAAUGACAUACAAUACAAAAGACUGAAGAAAUCAAUGAUCCCUGGAAAUACAUUUUACAGCAAAGCUGAAAAAUGACAUUGCUAUGUGUUGAGAGGUUCGCUCUUGUCAAUGUUGAACUGGUGUUUUCAAGCUCUGGUAGGAGCUAAACUCUUGGUAAGAACAGCUCAUUACACUCAAAGCACCUUUGUGACAUACAAACAGUAACUAUUGUACUAGGUACAGUAACUAUUAAAAAGGGCUUUGGUCAUGACCUGAAGGAGAGAGUCGGAGAGAGAGUAAAGCACAGGGGGUAUUCAUGAGAAGCUUAUGACCUGAGCCUGUUUUAAUGAAAUAUGUCAGGGAUGGGGGGAAUAACAAUAGGGUAGAACUUGCUUCCCUAGAGUCAUUACAUAGUAUUUUUCUUAACUGGAAUGACAAAGUACAUAUUAUGUGCCAUAACAGAUUCAUCAUGUAUGCCUUAAUUCCUUUAGAAGACUGUGAAUAGCUGCUAAUUGCACUGACUGGGAAUAUUAAUGUGACUAAUCUACAUUGUGUAGAUGUCUUAUUUUGUAAUAUUGAGUUACUUGUUCUCAGGGAAAGCAGCUUUCCUGGUUAGAAUAAAUAAA